AUGCCUGGUCCUCUGCUUCCCGUCGUGGGCUUUGCUUUGGUUGCGCACCUCUGGUUCAAGAAGUACGAGCCGACGGACGCCCUCUCACUCAGCGUUCUACUUGGCUUGUUUCCGGCCAUACCGGUCCUCCUGACGCCCCUCAGACUCUCAUCUUCCACACCACUCAUCGUCCUAGCGGGCUAUACGUCUUUCUACAUUGCUCUGCUGUUGUCUAUUGCUAUCUACCGGGUCUCGCCGCUGCAUCCACUCUACAAGUAUCCGGGACCAUUGAUUGGAAAGCUUUCAAGCUUCCACUUGGUGUACGUUGCUGCCCGAGGCAAGCAACAUUGCUACUUUAGGAGAAUGCAUGCGAAGUACGGUCGCGUUGUUCGCCUGGGGCCGAACGUCCUAUCCAUCGUGGAUGUGGAGAUGCUCCCUUCGAUCCUCGGCGUAGACGGUAUGCCGAAGGGCCCAAUGUGGGAUGGUCGACGCAUCUCCGGAAAGUAUGGGCAGAUUGCUGCCGGAAUUGCCAGAGGCGACCUCGUGGGGACUCGUGACAAACAUAUCCAUGCGGAGGCAAGACAAUUGUGGAGUCACGGCUUCACGAGUGCAUCUGUCAGGAAGUAUGAGCCCACCAUCAUCCGACGUGUGGGACAACUCGUCGAAGCACUCGAAACGCAAUGUUCUCCCAUUCAAGGCAGUACAGAUACUCCCGUGGACAUGUCAAUAUGGCUGAACUUCUUCACGUUUGACCUCAUGGGAGACCUGGUUUUCGGAGGACCCUUCGACUUUCUGUGCAACGGUGAUAAAGAUGGCAUGGUCCGCACCAUAAUGGAUAGCCUACGUCUGUCAAGUCUUACCGGUCAUAUCCCCUGGUCGUUCAAGACUCUCAUGAAACUUCCUUUCUUGCGAUCGCAAACCCAGGGCAUCGGGGAGUUUGCUCGUCAACAGGUCUUGAGGAGGUUGAAGAACGGCCCUCUACAUGAUGAUCUGUUGUACCAUCUCAACGAUGAGGAAAACAUUGACAAUGGACCAGCUCCCUUGCCAGUUCUUGUUACUGCCGCCGUCGCAGCGAUCAUAGCAGGCUCAGAGACAACCGCAUUCGCUCUGAGCGGUGUGCUGUGUGCGAUUAUCGCGCACCCAUCGUGCUAUGAGCGGUUGCAAUCCGAAGUGGACGCUAUUUUUCCUGCAAAUAACGGAUUACCGGCCGAUUUUGCCGAGCUUGCCAAUGAAGCCUUGCGUCUAUUUCCUCCAAUACCGACAUCGCUACAGCGUGCACCCGCCCCCGGCAGUGGAGGCCACUACAUUAGCCCAGACAUGUUUAUCGCGGAGGGGAUUGCGGUCUAUGUCCCGCCCUACGCAUACCAUCGUGACCCACAGUACUUCUAUCCCGACCCAGACGCAUUCCGACCGGAGCGCUGGCUGAAAAGCGAAGACGGUGCGACGAGCGGUGUCCUCACACCGAGUGCGUUCAUGGCGUUCUCCGCGGGGCCAGCGAACUGCAUCGCCAGAUCGCUGGCACUCAUGCAGAUGCGAAUCGUGCUCGUGUCCCUUCUCCAAGUCUUUGACAUACACUUCCCCGAGGGAUACAGUAGCGAGCAUUGGUCGGACAGUCUAGAGGAUCGGUUCGCGAUGGCACAGGAGGCGUUGCCCGUGGUCUUGAAACGCCGCCUGUAG